UUGCCCCAUGCCUCAAAUAUUAUUAUCCUUCUAACACGCAUAUUUGUUCUCAUUCCUUUUCCCUGUUGGCCGACAGCUCGCUCUCACGUCUUCUACUCCGCAAAGAUUUCAAGGCAGCUCGAGAUCCAAUCUAGAUCUCGAUCCGUCUUUCGAGGGUUGUUUUUGUGACGACAGCAUCUUCUGGCUUGUGUAGGAUUUAAAGCCAUACAGGGGCUGUGGAGAGAUAUCAUUGGUCGUUGUGGAUCACUGUUAGAAUUCUUUUUUAUUUUGCCUGUUAGGUGGUGUGGAAUUCCCUUCACGAUCUGUCAACUAUUACAGUAAUUGCUACGUGAUUAUUGAAGAAUGAGGGGAAGAGCUGAUGGAGGUCAAAAGAAGCACCUGGUGCUAUCCGUUUUUGUUGUUAUGCUAAUUUUAGGAUUUCUAUUUAUCUACUAUGGUGGCCAUCGAGGGCGGCAUGCUAGCAGUGCUUUAGAUUAUGGAACCAAAUUCUCAAGGUCAUUAGGUUGGGGUGGCAAUGAUGAUGGAGAUGCUACUAAAACAAAUGAGCCUGUUUUCGGACUAGAAGAUGGAGAUGAAAUUAUCACACCCAGGAGCUUCCCUGUAUGCGAUGAUCGUCACAUGGAGUUGAUUCCUUGCCUGGAUAGGAAUCUAAUUUACCAAACACGAUUGAAACUGGACUUGUCUUUGAUGGAGCACUACGAGAGGCAUUGCCCACAGUCUGAGAGGCGCUUUAAUUGCUUAAUUCCUCCUCCACGUGGCUACAAGAUUCCAAUAAAGUGGCCAAAAAGCCGAGAUGAAGUUUGGAAAGCAAACAUACCUCACACCCACCUUGCACAUGAGAAGUCUGAUCAGAACUGGAUGGUUGUGAAAGGUGACAAGAUACAAUUUCCUGGCGGCGGCACCCAUUUUCACUAUGGAGCUGACAAAUACAUAGCCUCAAUUGCAAAUAUGUUGAACUUUCCAGACAAUGUAAUAAACAAUGAAGGAAGAUUACGAACAGUUUUGGAUGUCGGCUGUGGAGUUGCAAGUUUUGGAGGAUAUCUUCUGUCAUCUAAUGUUAUAACAAUGUCUUUGGCUCCAAAUGAUGUGCACCAAAACCAAAUUCAAUUUGCUUUAGAAAGAGGAAUCCCGGCCUUUCUAGAUGUUUUAGGAACAUGGAGAUUGCCCUACCCUAGUAGAUCAUUUGAACUUGCUCACUGUUCCCGUUGUAGGAUUGAUUGGCUUCAAAGGGAUGGGAUUCUUUUACUUGAGCUGGAUAGACUACUAAGACCAGGAGGUUAUUUUGCUUAUUCAUCACCUGAAGCAUAUGCUCAAGAUGAAGAGGAUUUGAGAAUAUGGAGAGCAAUGAGUGCGCUUGUGGAUCGCAUGUGUUGGAAAAUUGCUGCUAAACAAAACCAGACAGUUAUUUGGGUCAAACCACUAACGAAUGAUUGCUACAUGGAUAGAGCGCCGGGUACUAAGCCUCCUUUGUGCAGGUCCGAUGAUAAUGCUGAUGCAGUUUGGGACGUCAAAAUGGAGGCUUGCAUUACUCCUUACUCUGAACAGCAUCAUAGAGAUAAAGGUAGUGGAUUGGCUCCAUGGCCUGCUCGACUAACUACUCCUCCACCACGACUCGCUGAUCUUGGUUACACUGCAGAAACUUUUGAAAAGGACACAGAGAUUUGGCAACAUAAAGUUGAGCAUUAUUGGAGCCUAUUAAGCCCUAAAAUAAAACCAAACACUGUAAGAAAUAUCAUGGAUAUGAAAGCAAAUAUGGGAUCAUUUGCAGCAGCAUUAAGGGAUAAAGAUGUUUGGGUUAUGAAUGUUGUGCCACAUGAUGGGCCGAGCACACUCAAAAUUAUCUAUGAUAGAGGCCUCAUAGGCACUGUUCAUGAUUGGUGUGAAUCAUUCUCAUCUUACCCUCGUACAUAUGAUCUCCUUCAUGCAUGGACUAUCUUUUCUAGCAUUGAGAAGAGGGGAUGCAGUGCUGAGGAUCUCCUCCUGGAGAUGGAUCGAAUUCUUAGGCCAACUGGUUUCAUUGUUGUUCGGGAUUCUCGUGCCUUUGUCGACUUGAUUAUCAAGUACUUACCAGCACUGCAUUGGGAAUCUGUUGCAGUAGUGGACUCAGAGUCAAAUUCAAAUCCAGAGGACGGAGAGGUUAUCCUUGUAAUUCAGAAGAAGUUGUGGCUUGUGGAAGAAAACCUCAAGGAUUUCAGAUGAAGAUACUACAAUCUUAUUUCAGGCAAACCAAGUAUUUUGGCCUCAUUAUAGUUUCUAUUUUCCUUUCAACUUUUAUUUAUUUCAGCCUCAGUAUUGUUAGAAUCCCAAGGUUAGUUGUGGUAUUUUUGUAUGUUUUGUUUAAUUUUUAUUUUUUGGUGUUCUUCAGGUUUACUUGUUGAACUUAAUAGCUUUUCACAUGGAAUAAGAAAAUAAUGUUUCCAUCAGGCUUUA